CGUGUGGUUAGAGGUGUGGCGAAGCAGUGAUCGUAUGUUUGCGUCAUUUUUUAAAAAAGCAAACCAUUUGAAAGUGUGAACCGUUUGGCCAACACUUCCAUCACUUCCAACACAUAGACAACACAUUGCCAUCACUUGUGGUGAAAAUGUCGACUCAUUUGGAGGACACGGCGGCCGACGAUGAGCUGCAAUACCUGUCGCCGAGUCGUGUGGCCACACAUUUCGGGGGCGAAGACCUGUGCUCUCGGGCUGUGUUGAGUCGACGCGUGGGAUCCGAUGGUCGCAACACGACCUGCGCUAACACUAGUGUCUCUUUGACUGAUUAUAACGACAGAUAUAUCGAAGCGAUGAUCAAUAGAGACCACAAAAGAGGCCAACACUUGACUCAAGACAUGACCGACUAUGAGGUCGAGUCUAUGAUCAACGCUAUCUUUGAAUCCAAACUUGAAAUGCAAUCAAACUAUUCAUCCGAUAACGAGUUGGACGAAGACAUAGCCGUCGGUAUGACUGAAGAGGAUGUGUCCAAAGACUGGAUCCCUAAUGUGUUUUUACCCCCAAAACGAGAUGUGGAUGUAUUGGAAGCGGAUUACAGAUUAGAUUUCAAUGAAUCGUUGGACACGUGUUUGGAUUACAGUGCGUUCAAAGCGCCCAAAGCUUACGACUCGUACCAAAAGGCUUUCGGUUUCGAUAAGUGGUUCUUAAGUCGACUCAAAAGAGUUGACUGCAAAGAUGUGAGCCUUGAGUUGCAUUUGUGGCCAUCCAUUCUCAAGGGUUACAGCAUUUCAUGCAUUUCUGGUGCGAAGAGUGGCAAAACCAACUCAUAUCUAAUCCCAUUGAUGUAUCGCUUCGAUAAUCCUGACGAUUGCGAUAGCAGUGAAAAGCCAAAUAUAGGUGCGAUUAUCAUCUGUAGCUCCACUCGACAGACCUAUGAAAUCGCACGACAGGCCCGACAGUGGAGAGAUCCAGAGGCCAAACAAACGGUCAUUGGCUUUUCCGACACUCAAUAUCUGAUUAUAGAUGAGGCGGACAUUUGCCUUAACGUUCACAUUAAGACUAUUCGCGAGAUUUAUAUCGCUUUUGGGAAAGCAAAACGAGAAGAAUGUGAAGGUCUAAAGGACAAGAAUUGGAUGGCUUUCCAAACGAUGGUGUUUUGUGAGAAAUGGACAAAAGGUGUUGAAUGGUUCGCCAAAGAGAUACAACACAUGCCUCUCGUCUCGUUUGGAUCUUAUUAUGAACUGUCGAUCGCUUUCAAAAUUGAAUGUCAUUUACAAGUGAUAACUGAAGAGCAAAGAGAGAACACAGUUCUCGCAAUCCUUGAGAGAUGUAAACAAACCAAGACUCGAAUUGCAAUCGUUUGCACAAAAGUCCAGGAAAUUCAAUAUUUGCAGAAAUGCCUGAAUGCCAAACACAAGUGUAUUGUUGUUACCCAUCAAACAAAUCAUUACGAUUUGGAGCGACUGAGCGCUCAAUGGGUCAGAAAUACAGUCCUAUUAAUCAAUGACUCGGCCAUCAAACAAGUCUCGGGUUUUAAAAGAUGUCAGACUAUUAUUCAUUAUAAACUUCCUUAUGAUUUCAAUGAGACGUUUGGCAAUCGAUUCCGACUAAUGAGAAGUUGGCUCAAGAGAUAUAAGACUGUAUUUAAUACACAAAACACACACCAAUUGAAUCAUUAUAUUAUAGCCACUCAUGAAGAUCGGCAGCAAAUGCCACAAUUGAUGGCUUAUUUAAAACGGCUUAAAAUGAAGAUUCCCAAUGAAUUGGCCAAAAUCUAUGGAUUAGAGCGCAGAUCUCUAUGCCCUCUGUAUUGCUCGUUAGCCAAGUGUCCAUUCGAGUCGUUUGAUUGUCCGCUAAUGCAUUCAUUCGGUCGUUGCGAUCGACCCGUCGAGACCCUCCCGAAGAGCGGCCAAAUCAAAAUUGGGAUAACGUUUGUGUUGAACGCAAACCACUUUUACUUCAGAAUUAAUGAAUUUCGUGGCGAAAGCCAAACCUCUGGCAAAUGGCAAUCGAUUGGUCUGACAUACGAUGACAUCAAAGAAGAGCUCAAUGCUCUGAAAGAUAUGCCAUUCAAUACGGUUCCCGAUGUUGUCGACGGAGAGGUUUAUGGGAUCGCAAUUCGUGGACAAGUAUUUCGGGUUCGUUUGACCCAAAUCUUAGGCAACGAAGAAAUCAAUUUCUAUGAGGAUUACGAUCCGAAAAACACGGCUCAAAAAGUUGAAUUAUUUUGCAUCGAUUUCGGACAUAAAGUGCGCUCUAAUUCGCGACAGUUGUUUGAAUUGCCGGCACAUCUCAAGAGUUAUUCUCCGUUCGCAUUCAGAGGCUAUUUGUUUGGUAUUAAACCGAUUGACAACGAGAUUGAAUGGGAUUUCAGAGCCACACAGAAAGUGUAUGAAUUGGUGGACAACUAUCGCAUCAGUGAAAUCACUGCUUGGAUUCUCAAACAAAUUGAUGGCGUCUUUUGGAUUAAUCGACUCAAUGUCCAAAAGAAAUUGAAAAAUGCAAAACUCAAUAUUGAAACCAAUAUAACUGAAUAUCUUAUUAAACACAAAUAUGUCGAACAAAACGACAGCAAACUCUCGAAUGUCAACUCAGAUUAUAACAGAAUUGUUAACAUUUGGUUAAACGAUCGCUUGAAUACAUCGGCUUAUAAUUCUUGUUUAGUUGACGAGAGCUCUUACGUUGUGGUCAGCGAUUGGGUGACAAUCAAUGAGUUUUAUGUCAUUCACGAGAAUCGGAUUAAAAGAUUGCAAGAAUUUGAAGACAAAUGGACCGCGAGUUUAGAAUCACUGAAUUUGUUGCCAGAAGUAACGGCUCAACAAAUCUGUUUUUACAAAUACUUUGAUUCCGUUUACAACGAAACUUCGCUAAAUAGGGCGAAAGUGGUGGCCAUUAAAGACCAUUUGGUGGACCUCUUUCUUGUAGAUCACGGCCAGACUGUGACCAAUGUAUUGAAGGACUCGUUGUACACCAUUCAAGACUCGCAUCUCAAAGAGCUUCCAUUCCAAGCGAUUAAAGUAUCACUUUUUGGUGUCCAAGAAGUGAAACCAAUCACUUAUGAUAUCAUCUCGAUUAAAGUAUCACUUUUUGGUGUCCAAGAAGUGAAACCAAUCACUUAUGAUAUCAUCUGUGAUCUCACGCGCAAUAAAGAAGAUAAAUAUUUGUUGUCAAUCGCUCAGAAAGUGGAUCCAAACCUCAGCUCUAAUGUUAUUCGACUGUUUGUGUCCAACAAUGAAACCGAAACACAAUUUGUUUCUUUAAGCAAAUUAUUGGUUGAUUUGGGUUUAUGUCGAUAUAUUGAUGGCGAAGAAAGCAAUGAAUUGCAACUAACGAUUCAGAUAUCACUCGAAACCGAUGAGGAAUGCGGUGACUAUUUACAGAGCAUUGAAGACAAAUUAGUCGACAAUUUUGUUAAACAAUAUUGUCUGAAGACAUUAAGUCUCGAUGAGAACGAAGAUAUUGAUUACGGAACUGAUGGCAAGUCAAGCAAUGGGACCAAAGAGUCGCGAAUUACUCGAAAGUUACGUCAAUUGAGAGAUAUUCGGAAGAAUAGAAUCGAUGAUAUAUCGGACGAUUCAGAUGAAGACGACUGUCCUCUCAAUGGCGUGAAUGCAAUCGACUUAUUAGACUAUAAGCCCAUUGCGACGAAUGGAAACAUUGCUUAUUACGAUCCGGAGGACGAUUUGGAUAGAGACUCGCCUCUUAGCGAUGAGGACGACAUCAUCGAUGAACAAGAAUUGUCUUAA